AUGUCAGUACUCCCACCCUCUUCGGACAUGAGCGGCAACGUCCGCGAGCUGCCAUCGACGCCCAACAGCACGGGUCCGGGCUACGCUGUCGAAGGUUCCGAGGAGCUCAAGUACACGUACAGUUUCGUAGACAAUGUCUUCGACGAGAAGAAAAACGAUCUUGCCUCGUACUACAAGUCGUGGGGGCGGGUCCUUUGCAUUCUCGACGAGAAUCUGGAUGCGCUGUACGGCAAGGCAAUUCGAUCGUACUUCGCCGCUCACGGCAUCAAGCCCACGCUACACGUCUUCAAGGGCGGCGAGCUCAACAAGAACAUGACGACGAUGCUCGAUUUCGUCGACGCCAUGGAUAAUUUUGGUCUCAUCCGCAAGGAGCCGGUCCUCGUUGUCGGAGGUGGUCUGGCCAGCGACGUAGUUGGAUACGCUUGCGCAUCGUAUCGUCGGUCUACUAACUAUAUUCGCGUUGGGACGACGCUAAUUGCACUCAUCGACGCUGCCAUCUCCAUCAAGGUCGGUAUCAACCAUCACGGCGCCAAUGGUUCAAAGCUCAAGAACCGGCUGGGAGCCUACCACGCACCCCUACACACCUUUCUCGACUUUGACUUUCUCAAGACGCUACCCCAGGGACAGACGCGCAACGGCUUUGCUGAAAUCAUGAAGAUUUCUCACUGCGCCGAAAAGCCGACAUGGGAUCUCCUCGUCAAAUAUGGACCCCAACUUGUCAAGACGGGCUUUGGAAGGAAGCUUGAAGAAGGAGGCAAUGCCGAGCUCAAGCAGGCCGCAGACGAAAUCUGCAGGAGGGCGAUUCUCAAGAUGUUGCAACUCGAGAGCGGGAACCUCCAUGAAAUUGGCCUCGACAGGGUCAUUGCCAGUGGGCACGGCAUCUCGCCCACUCUUGAGCUAGCACCCUUUCCUCCGCUGCGGCACGGCCACGCCAUCACCAUCGACAUGUCGUACACCAUCAUCAUGUCGCACAGCCGUGGUCUCCUCACGGAUCACGAACGCGAUGAAUGGUUUGACCUAGCGCAGAACGUCGGUCUGACGGUUGACCACACUGAUCUGGACGAAGGCCUGCUUUUCCGCUCCAUCGAAGCAAUUACAAAGACGCGUGACGGCAAGCAGCGCUUCGUCCUGGCUGGCCCAUAUGGGAAGUGCAUGUUCGCCAAUGACAUCUCCGACAUUGAGUUUAGGGACAUCCUCGCGAAGCACAAGGGCUACGUCCAAUCUCGCUAUCCCGAGACAAAGGGUGCUGGUCAGGACGCAUACGCCGACGCGGGCGAUCUCGGCGCCGACCCAGAGGCCCUCAAAAGGGAGAAGGAGGCCGCUGCCACUGCCAAUAGCAACGGCAGCAGCAGCAGCAAACUCACUCCUGCGCCAAAGGAAAUUUGGACGCCUGGAAGUGCUCCAGCCGCAAAGGCUGUAGCAGCUUGAGCAAAAGUGGGGUACCCCAGGACCUUGCCUCAAGAAAUUUAAUGAAAUAUAAUCCGAUUUCUGUUUGCUGCGUUUGAUAAGGGCGAUGCAGACAAAACGCAAUCUUCGGGCUUUUUUGACCCACCACAGCCAUUAGUUGAGCAGUGAUACAAAGUUGCUCGGGAACUGCCCGACGUCAAAAAAGCCUUGUCAGCCUCUU